AUGGAUUUCUCACCUCGUAUAGAGCAUCCUUUUUCUGUCCUGCAAAGACCGCGUCCAUCCACAGGCGCGUGCAAUGUGAGGACCGAGUUCAAAUGUCGCUCAGACAAUCGCUGUAUUCCGAAGUCGUGGGUGUGUGAUGGAGGCAAGGACUGCAGUCAAGGAGAGGACGAAGAGGGCUGUGCUCACCCGGGCUGCAGAGGUGACCAGUUUCAGUGCGACAACUACCGCUGGAACGAAACGUCGUGUAUUCCUUCCUACCAUCGUUGCGAUAAUCACACGGAUUGUUUCGAUAGGUCUGAUGAAAAGAACUGCCGUAAGUCCACGUUUAUGCUCGACUAG